AUGGGGAAAGUACCUGAUCGUCAAUCACUUGGGAGUGGCGCGGACAAUUCUUCUGAAUAUGGUCCAAGCAGCUCACAACGUCCGGGCCUCGCCCAACUCACCAAUUACCAAAUCACCGGCGCCAUCAUAUUUUUAUUCGCAUACUUCCUCACCGCCUCCAGCACACCUCUGCCGAAAAUCGAAGCGCUCGGUGCACUUGAAGCAUUGGACUAUGCACAACGUCCGAACGAAGUGUUGCCCAUUCAACCUUUAUUACUCUAUCCGACGUCACGCAAUUUGCAACUCCAAGGUCGCGAACUGGAAGAUGAUGACAAUGAAAUUAUUUUUGUGAAACUGUUGAAGCGCAAAGCCUACCGCCCGACAAACCAGCACUCGAAUGAAUUGAAUGAUGCGAGCAAUGUGCCACGUGAACUUACGAUGAAGGAUAUCUUCUAUGUUAAGGCGCUGGCCAAUGGUCAAUUUAGUCAUCAGCGUCUCAAAUUGUAUCGGCUACCGGAAUUUUAUGCGAUAACUGUGUUUCGCAAGGGAGUCAAACUGUGAACAGUUGUUGAAAGGCACGUACACACUUACUCGUGUGUGUGCGUGUGUAUGUGUAGGUGCAUAGUGGUAAAUUGAAAAAUUAAUUAUAACCAAUAUUUCAAUGGAAUAUCUUCAGCCCAUUUGUUGUAUUGUGUUUUUUUUUGUAGGUGAUUAGGUUAAGUGCCGC